AUGUAUGGCGAUAUGUCGGCUGAUGAAUUCGCAUCGGUUUCUGAGAAGAUAAUCGAGAUGAAUCUGUCGUGUACGUUGGUGACUGAAAAAGAGAAGCAGAUGAUGGGUGAAAUGUUGUUUCGAAUGUGUCGUGAAAUGUCAAAUCUGGUCAAAAUGAACAGUGGACGACCGUCAACGAUCAUGCGAACGGCGAUGUUGGUUUAUUGA